UUUGCUCAUCCUCACUUGUGCACAGGAUGCUGAAGGCCUUUAAAUGUCUUUUGCAGACGACAGCUAACUUGAAUAAUUCAGCAGUUUAGCAGCCCUUCGACCUUUAAAAAGAAACAAACAAACAAAAAAAACCUACAUAAGAUCAAAACUAACCAGAAACAAUGGGCUGCGUUCAAAGCUUCAGGGAAUUGUGUGACCGUACAAAAAAUACUAAUGUCCGUCUCAGCCUUCCAGCAGUUUGCUUUGUGUGGCAAACAGCCAUGAUCAUCUUGUUUGGGGUUUUUAUUCGUUACAACGAAGAAUCGGAUCCACACUGGAUAGAGCACAGAAAAGCUAAAAAUAUAUCAAGUGACAUUGAGAAUGACUUCUACUUCAGAUAUCCAAGCUUCCAGGACGUCCAUGUGAUGAUCUUUGUUGGAUUUGGCUUUCUGAUGACAUUCCUUAAGCGGUACAGCUUCGGCGCAGUGGGCUUCAACUUCCUCAUCGCAGCCUUCGGUCUCCAAUGGGCGCUGCUGAUGCAAGGCUGGUUCCACUCCCUGGACUACACUGAUGGAAAGAUCAAAAUUGGAGUUGAAAACCUGAUCAAUGCUGACUUCUGUGUGGCGGGCUGCUUAAUUGCCUACGGGGCGGUGCUCGGUAAAGUCAGCCCAGUCCAGCUGAUGGUUCUGACUCUGUUUGGGAUCACAUUGUUUGCUGUGGAGGAGUAUAUUAUCCUGGAUCUCAUACAUGCCAGAGAUGCUGGAGGCUCCAUGGUGAUCCACACAUUUGGAGGUUAUUACGGUCUCUCCAUCUCGUGGAUGCUGUAUCGGCCAAACCUGGACCAGAGCAGUCGUCUGCAGGGCUCCGUCUACCACUCAGAUGUCUUUGCUAUGAUUGGAACCCUGUUCCUGUGGAUGUUCUGGCCCAGCUUCAACUCAGCCAUCACAGACCACGGGGACGGGCAGCACAGAGCAGCCAUCAACACCUACCUGGCUUUGGCCUCGACGGUGCUCACUACUGUGGCCAUCUCGAGCCUCUUCCAGAAACAUGGAAAACUAGACAUGGUCCACAUCCAGAACUCCACUCUUGCUGGAGGCGUAGCGGUGGGAACUGCAGCAGAGUUCAUGCUGAUGCCCUACGGGUCUCUGAUCGUAGGAUUCUGCUGUGGUAUCGUCUCUACACUGGGAUACAUCUACCUCACACCGUUCAUGGAGAAGUACCUGAAGAUCCAAGACACAUGUGGAGUCCAUAACCUGCAUGCCAUGCCAGGAGUCAUAGGUGGCAUUGUGGGAGCCAUCACUGCUGCAGCUGCAUCAGAGUCUGUUUACGGCACCGAAGGGCUGAUUAACACCUUUGAUUUUGAGGGCUCUUUCAAAGACAUGGUGCCCACCCGGCAGGGUGGUCACCAGGCUGCAGGUCUCUGUGUGGCUAUCUGCUUUGGCGUGGGUGGAGGCAUCAUUGUCGGCUGUAUCUUAAGAUUACCUAUCUGGGGAGACGCUGCAGAUGACAACUGUUUUGAUGAUGAGCCCUACUGGGAGCUACCUGAGGAUGAGGAGGACAUCCCUCCAAUCCUUCAGUACAACAACCACAUGCAGAACAAAGACGUAGUGGAGUCAAAUUUCACCAUGGAGCAGAACUGACACUAGGCCUCGAUCCUGAUGGAUCUCUCUUUAUCACACAUGGCCCGUUUGUUCCUUUUACUCUCCCGCAGGACAGAGAUAUUCAUGUUUAGUCCAGAAUUUAUUCUUCAAAGCUUUUUGGUUGUUUGUCUGUUUGUUUGUCCGAAGUGCAAAAAAUCUGCCAGUGGAGUAAGAUCUUUUCUGGUUUCCAAGAAAUUUAUUUUCAGUUUAAACGGCCCACUGUUCAAUCAAACACUCAUAUUAAAUGAGUGACAUUAUCUUGGUACUAGUGAAGCGAUUUACCUCGUUUAAGACAUUUGGAGACAGAUGAAUUUACCGCAGAAUUUAAAAUUUACUCGACAUGACUGUGAGAAUGACCAUUUAAGUGGUUCAGGGGCAAAUAUUGAAACCGUAGCUUGUAUUACGUUUGCUUCACACCUACUUGACUUGCACUAUGAGGAUUUUCUGCUGGAGCUUUGGUGUAUUUUUUUCUGAUUGAAUGUUUUCUCAGUUAAGAUGCACGUACAUUAGAUGCCUCAGAUGAUUUUGUGUGUCUUCAUGGAGAACCUUUACACUCAGAGUUAUGCAUCAUGUUACUGAUUAUGGAUUUUAAAAAAAAAGCUGUUACAUUUGUUUUGAAUGAAUUCAUGCUGUGACAUAGAGGAUAUUUGGCAACACAUUACUGUAACCCCCCUCACAUUUCUAAACAUUAUAUAAACACUGGUUUAUAAAAUCCUAUAAUGUAGCUUUAAGCACAAAACAGAUAUUUUUAAGUGUGUAUUAAUGUACAGUAUUUCUCAACAUUUAUAACUUCUCCUCUGAACACAUAUUCUAUAUUUAUUAUCGUUUAUACUCGUGGGUGUCCACAGGAUGAGUUAUAGCUGUUCAGAGAUUCAUUAAUAAACACUAAUAUAUGUUCACAACUGCAUUCCAGUGUUUUAUAAACCAGUUAUUGAAUAUUUCUCUACUGUUUUAAAAGAUAAAUUAAGGGGCUUAAAGUACAGUGUUACGCUACCAAUCUGAACAUGAAUGAUUUUGUCAAAAGCUGAUAUUUGUACAUUUAGACAUUAUGCACAGUAGAAUAUUUCUGUCAUUCUGUUUUUAAAAGUUUGUUAAUGCUAAUGUAAUUUUGAAAAUUAAUGAAGAAUUAUUAAUAAAGUGUUAGAACUGCA